UAUUAGUUUCGCUGAGUGAAAGCAACAGGAAAAAAACCCAAAGGUUAAACUUCAAGUGCUGUUUUGUAAUAUACCCACGUAGUAUAAAUAAAACAAACCCCCGGUGAAGUGCUAGUGCAUGAAGCAAAUCACGAAUAUUAAGUCAACUUCGGCGAAGGCUCUUCUUUCUUUGUGGCUCGAAACGUUGCCGUGGAGCCUCUCGGAACCUCUCGAUCAAUUGGCCCCGAUAUGAGAGGCAGGACUCAGAAAAGUCGAGCACCGAUUGGACAGGUUCAUCAGAUAACCUUAGGCUUGGGCUUAGUGUUGCUAUUGUUUGUUGGAGUUCAAGGAAUAAUUGUCCCCGAUGCAGAAUUAACCGACCAGGAUAGCUUAGCAGCCUACAACAAUGAUCAUUUUCAGAGCCAGUCGUACAUUCCGGAAGCUCCAACACCUCCCCCAUCGGACUACGGGGGCUUUCGUACCAAUGACACAUCGAUCAACUUCCGGCACGUAUCCUUCUUCGAAACAAGUCCGGCGGCCCAGCUGACCCUAGACGAACGGAUAGAGUUGGAGAAGAUCACCUGGCACUGGUAUCCCUAUCGGCGGAUUAACUACAAAGUCCUGGAAGAUGGCCGCCGAAUCGAGCUGUUCUGCGAAGGUGGAUCCGCAAUCGACGAUCUGCCGGAUGAUCUUUUCACUCAGGAACAACGCUUGCAGGGAGCGAUUGUGUUACAUUUCAUCGCUGCGAUAUAUUUUUUCACCUUUUUGGCGUACACCGUCGGUGAAUAUUUCCUACCCUCGGUGGAAUGCGUCUGCGAAGACCUGAAGCUGACUCAGGAUGUCGCCGCGGCAACGUUUAUGGCCAUUGCCGGAACUAUUCCGGAAUUCUUCACCAAUACUAUCAGUACGUUUUUGACCGAUUCUGAUAUGGGAAUCGGAACGAUCAUGGGAUCACUGCUCUUCAACACCCUGGGCGUCGCUGCCUUGGCUGGUUUGGCCACGAGAAAGCCAGUACAACUGGAUUGGUGGCCUCUCACUCGAGAUUCGCUGGUGUUUGCCAUCAACGUUUCAAUUCUGGUCGGAUUUUCCUGGGAUGGGCGAAUUUACUGGUACGAAGCGAUGAUCCUUUUCAUUCUGCUGUUCGUGUAUUUUGUGGUUAUGUUCCAAAACAAACACAUCAUGAAGGUUGCCAAGAAGUACAUCGAGGGCAAGUGGAAUCUGUGCUCCAGAGUUAUCCGUCAGAUCGAGGAAGAUGAGCGGGUGGCGAUGGAAGAAGCGGCCAAGCAGGAGCAACAGCAAGCUAGCGAGAAGCCAAUUUCAACAGUUGCGGAAAAAGUGCGGCAACAACCGGCCUUCCGAGCCUCGAUCGCUUCCAUUUUGUCCGACCAGAUGGCGGAAACUCCCAUGAAAGCGGGAGACUUGCAAAUUCCCUCUCGCCACGCCCUACCGGAUCCGGAUGAGCACCCGGACAUGACUCUGUGGCGCAUAUCGAGAGAAACGAAACUUCGGCUGUUCUGGUGGUUCUACAGCUGGCCAAUCCGUUUUCUGCUGACGUUCACCGUUCCGAAUCCCAAAACCUGGCGCCGUUGGUAUCCUUUGACGUUUUUUCUGUGUAUCGUGUACAUCGCCUUGUGUUCCUUCUUUACGUUCUGGAUGAUGUCCAUCAUUGGGUACACCUUCGGAAUCCCGGAAACCGUCAUGGGUCUGACGUUCCUGGCCAUGGGCGGGUGCAUGCCGGAAGCCGUUUCCGCAAUUUUGGUUAUUCGAACUGGUAACGGUGCCAUGGGAGUGUCCAACGCCCUCGGUGCCAACUCCCUAUCGAUUCUGUUUUCCCUGGGCAUGCCUUGGUUCAUCCGGGUUCUUGCGGAUGGGGCCAGUGCCACGAAUGCGUACGUCGUAAUCGCAUCCUAUGGAAUGCAGUAUUCGAUCAUAUCGUUGCUCUUCGCCAUUGCAUCGCUCUAUUUGGUUAUCUACGCGGCCAAGUACAAGCUCCGGAAACGGAUCGGCCUGGCGCUGUUCCUGUGCUACGGUGUCCUGGUGACUUUCAUGUUGCUGAACGAGCUGGAUGUCUUCUUCUCAUCCGGAAACGAAUGCUGAAUGAAGCAACCAUCAACGCUUAAUAAGGAGGAGAGUCCGGAUCGAGGAAAAUCACUUUCCGGAGAGAACUCGAAUUGGAGUUCCAUUGGCUCGUUCUUUGGGACUUCCAUUUUUCUAGAUUUUUUUUGUUAAGCAACUCGAUAUUAGUUUGAGCGUUCAACUGAUACUUAACCAUUAGGAUAAACCUGUUGUAGUUCGAUUAUGUGAUAUUGUUCCUCUUUUUUUUUACUUUAAACCAUGCCAAGAUGUUAUGUUGCUGGAAAACAUAUCCAUAUCCAAAGGUUUAAUACACACAUAAUUUGCACAUUUCGCUCCCUUACUCGUUAGUUAAGUUAACACACCGUAGUGACUGAAAUGCCGAUGAUGUUGGAUUGGAACAAGAGAUUUGAUAUGUCUAUCUUUUGUACAGGAUGUAUUGAUAGGAUCAAAUAAAAGUAUGUUAUAGUU